UCCGCUUUCCUUCUGCACCCAACACACAGGAGACAAUCCAGAUGCGCAGAUCCAGAUGUUCAACUCCGUUGCUGGCAACCACACGCCCGCUAACCUUCUGCCAGCUGAACGAGGCCGCCGUCGGAGGGGCUCUGGCCGGGAUGGUGCCCAUCGAAGUGAGGCUCGUCCACUACGUGGGCGGGUUCAGCGAAGACGCCUUUAAAAUAUGCAAGGAAUACUUGAGACCUUUUAAAAAAACCCUCCAGAGGCUGAAUUUGCCGAAAGAUUACCCAAAGGAAAGGAAGCUAAUCUGCACCAGAAAAAAUCUCAAUAUCCUUGGGGAUCAUAUCAAUAUGUUUCUUCUGUAUUACUGCAAAUCCUGGGAGCUGAAACACUGGAAAAAAAUGCUCUGGAGGUUUGUCUCCCUUUUCUCAACCUUGGAUGAGAAGCAGCUGUAUAAACUGUACAGAUACAGCAAGACAGACCAAUUCACCAAAUUCCUGAAAGUCUACUGCCGUUUGGAGUAUGCAGACAUGGCCAACCUGCCCAGUAAUAAAAAAUGGGCAAAGCUGCGUGAUAGGUGGAGGCUCGCCAGUUGUGGUGUAAAGAUGCAAGAAGGAUAUUUGCACUCACUGCCCGAAAGCUGGGAUUUUCCAGAAGGAAACGUGCCUACAGAAAGGUGCUCAACGACCCAGGAGAAGGAAGUCAUGGAGCAACACUGUGCCACCUGCGAUGUAUUUGAUGCGCUUUCGGUGACUACGAAUGAAGAAACAGCCAGUUCUCCAUCAUCAAAUGUCUAUUAAAGACAGCAGCUUUUUUUUUUUU